GUUAAUGGUUGAAGUCGAUGCAUGAAAAAUGUGGUGAUCCUUUUUUCUGGAUUUGGGGCUGGCUCUGAAUCUACUGUUUUUAAAACUCACCAAGAGGUAUCCAAAUCUUUUAAUCAUUUUGCAGGCUCUUCUGCUGAUCUUUCUACUCACAUGGAUAGUGUCUUUGGAACAGGAAAAGACUCGUUUCAGGGAAAAGCAGUAGAUAACACAACUUCAUCACACACUAUUAAUUGGUUUCAGGCUGAUCUAUGGGGUAAUUCCACCUCAGGGACUCUUCAUCAUGCUGAGGAAUAUGAUGCAAAUGUGGGUGGUAGGGAUGGUGAGAUGUUAUCAAAUCUAAAUAAUUCUUCCAUGAGUAUAAACAGAAUUCAAGAUGAUCAAUGGCCAACAAGUAGCAACAAAGAAGCUGGUAACAGAACCAAUGACGAAGAUGAUGAUUCAUUUUGGGCUUGGAAUGAUUUGAAAAGCUCAAACAUCCUAAAUUCUUCAAUAAGUUCUUGGAAAGAACCUACUAUCGAUACUAGUUCUACUGAAGAAAAGAGUAGUGACCCGUUUUCAGGAUGGAACACUGACUUUCAAUCUGCUAAUUCUAAAAGUAAUCACGAGGGAUCAAAAUCAUCUGAUCCUUUUGUCGGUUCCUCGUUUGAUCUUUCCUAUUACAUGGAUACAGUCUUUCCAUCUGGAAAAUAUUUAGUUGAUGGGAAAGCCAAAGAUGGAUCCAAUGCACCAAAUGUUAACAGUUGGUUUCAGGAUGAUCUAUGGAGUAAUUCUACCUCGAAGUUAACUUGUCAAGCUGAAAACUUUGAUGCAACUGUUGAUGUUAUGGAUUCUAGAACGGCUCAGACCAUGCAUAAUUCUCCCUCCAUGAAUAUUGAUUGGUUUCCAGAUGAUCAAUGGCUAACAGGCAACAACAAGGCAUCUGAUAGAAACACUGUUGAUGAAUCAGACAAUUCAUUUGGUGAUUGGAGUGAUUUUAAAAGCUCAACUACUACCCAAGACGCUUUUAGUAAUUCUUGGAAACAAGCUGCUAGACCUGAUUAUCAGACCAUUGAUGAUAAUGAUGACUUGUCUGCUGCCUGGAACAAUUUUACUAGCUCAACUAGUGCAAAAGAUUCUUCAAGUAUUUCUUUCAAAAAAACUGUCCAUCACGGGAAGCCUUCUAUUGAAACUUCAGAAAUAAACUUGUUCAGUAUGGAUGGAAAUUCUCAUAAUAAUAAUAAUAAUUUUAGUAGUUUAUCUCAAGCUGAUUUCUUUUCAGGGGCAUUCAGCAAUCAAUAUGGCUCUACUGAAAUAAAUAUUAUGCGGCCUGAAGCUCCUGUUUCAGACAGGAUGGCUGAUGCAAAUGUAGGAGGUAGUAAUAAUAAUGCUUUCAAAAGAUGGAGAUUUUUCCAGUGCAACAACAGGGUCAAAAACUGAUGAUAUAGAGAUAUUGAUGUCACAACUGCAUGAUCUAUCUUUUAUGCUGGAAAGCAAUCAUUCAAUACCUCCAAAAGUAGAUGCGCAUAAUUAACUAUCUAAAGAUUGGGAGCCAUAUUUUUCCUCUCUCAACUCUUUAUUGUUUUACCGGUUACUGACUGCUCUGUAUUAUAGUUUUGAUUGGUCCAUGUAUCUGUAUUCUUUACCGUAUUCAGUGGUGGUCUUAUGGCUUUGCUCUUUUAUUAUUAGCAGAAGAAUGUAUUAUGAAAUCUUUAACAAACGUCAUAGACACUUUUUUUUUUUUAUAUUGUUUUAAUUAUAAUACUAAAAACGUUGAUUGAGCUAAAUUGCAUUGUUAAUAAAGUAGAAAUAACAAUUCGUAUAUUCAAAUUUGUACUUA